AUUGUUCGAAAUAAUGUUUCGAAGGAUGUCACUUACUUGCACCACAACGCCCAGGCCACGACCGCGUACAUAAGUACGACGGCCUUCAAGCAGCAGGCCGAGAAAUUUUUGUCGGUGAUGAACGACCAGGCUAUAUUGGAGAAUUACAUAAAGAUGUACUCCGACGUAUAGAACGGCGGCAACGUCACGCCGGAGACGCUGCGAGCGUUGCUGAUGUGCUGCUACCAGCUAGCGAUGGAGAACAACAGCACCAGUUUGUGCCUUCACUCGCAGCAGAUAAUAAACGCGGUUGUUGUUUCAUGUUUUCACGGCAAGACUAGCUUGUUUACGAGUUACGUGAGCAAUUGGAUCAGGCAGCAUUGUCCGCGCCUGGUGUACGGCCUACAACGAUACGUGGUGCACGUGUUAACAACUGCCUAUCGCAACGGCAAGGCGCUUCUGUCGAAGGAGCAGCCGCAGCCCCCCGUGGAGGUACUCACUCCCGUGCUGGAAAAGUCGGAUCGUGAGUUCCCGCAGGCGAACUCGCUGCCGAUUAGCUACGUCUGGCUGUUGUCGUGUACACUACCGCAGUGUUACCUCCAGACCAACGAUUCGCCGAAGGACAUAACUCACGCUUUGAUAGCCAGAAGAACAGGCACUAUUUGUCCAAGGCAUUGGACGUUACUGUACAAUAGCGGAGAGCACGGGGCCGGGGCUAAUCGCUUCCUUCACCAUGUAUUAGGUUACAGAGGUCCCACUCUGCUAAUUAUAAGAGCCGCUAGUGUAGAGAGGGACGAGGAAUGUCCGACGUAUUGCGUGUGCUCGGCCGUCGAGUGGCGAGAGAGUCAUCUCUACUGAGGCGACGAAGACUCGGUGGCCGUACAACUGAUUCCGUCCUAUAAGUUGAUGGAGAAAGGUCCGAAGAUACUGUAUCUGAACACGAGUAUCAGGGGCUAUCCGCACGGCCUGCGGCUCGGUAGCGAUCCGCGCUCGCCGCUCAUCAGCAUCGACGAGUCGUUCCACUCCGUGUCUAUCGCCGGCGCGCCUUACCGCAUCGCCAGCCUGGAAGUCUGGGGUUGCGGCGAUACGAAACUGAGGGAAAAGCAAUUGGAGAUCAAGAAGUGGCAGGUGAAAGAAGCGGAGAAGCAGAGGGUCGUCAAAUUGAGCGCGAGCGAUUGGUUGGACCAUCCCGAUCGUUACUUACUAGAACUGGCUGGCAGGGCAUCUUACAACGAGUCUAACAAGUAGAGCCGCGAGAGAAUCACGCGCGUGCUCAAACAACUGCUCAUGUUACUACCUUUACCUUGUACAUAUGUAUGUAGCGUUAAACUUAUCACAGGAAUUUCUGUACUUAUGUGAUGUACGAACAACGUACGCAUGAAAUGUGAUUAUGUGAUUUACGUGAAAUACAGGGACUUAUGCUUGGUGUACUUAAGCACAAGUGCCAGUUUGUAAUUGUCUA